CAAACAGACUUUUUCUUAUUUUUCACAAAUAUAAUUGAUUGGAAACAAAAAUAACAUAAAUAUCUUAACUUUGUAACUUAACUGUCAUCAACUUAAGCUCACUGAAACGAUGUUGUACAUUCAAGCAUUUUAUGCAAUUUUUUUCUUCACACAGGUUUUAAUUGCUCCUAAUGAAGCCGAGAGUCGCCGACCUAUUUGGAACAUCGCACAUAUGGUCAAUGCUUUGCAUCAGAUUGAUUAUUAUUUAGAUAUGGGAGCGAAUGGUUUAGAAUUCGAUAUUUCUUUUUCGCCUGAAGGGAAGGCACUAUACACAUUUCACGGCAUACCCUGUGAUUGUUUCCGAAGUUGCUUGCACUACGAAAACUUCAUUACGUAUCUUCAGUACUUGCAACGGCUUACAACACCAGGUGAUCAACUAUUUCGUAAAGAACUAGUACUGCUUCUCAUGGAUUUUAAAGUUCGAGGAUUAUCUUCUGCAGCUCUGACUAAUGCAGGUGAAGAUGUGGCGAUGAAAAUGUUAGAUUAUUACUGGUUAAGAGGUAAGUCCAAUCAAACUCAAGCCUACAUUGUAGUUUCUCUUCCAUCCACUGCACACGUUGAGGUAAUGAAAAGCUUCCUGAGGACGCUUCAGAAUCAAAAUGCUUCGGAAUAUAUCCCAAGAAUAGGUUUGGAUUUUUCUGGAAAUGAAGACUUACACAUUAUCCUUGAUUGCCUGGAAAGAAGCGGAUAUCUUGAAAAAUAUUGGUUAGGAGAUGGCAUAACCAAUUGUCUUGGUCGAAGCACAAAAAGACUACUGAGCGCUCUAAACAAAAGAGACGAACAUGAGAAACAAGUCAGUAAGGUUUACUGGUGGACAGUUGACAGACAAUCGACCAUGAGAAGGGUCAUAAGGUUAGGAGUUGAUGGUAUGAUCACAAAUUAUCCUGAAAAUUUAUUCAAGGUUUUGAAAGAAGAUCCUUUCAGACACUAUGCACGAUUGGCAACUUUGGAAGACAGUCCCUGGAAGAAACAUGUUCUAACCACAGAAAUGUCCAACUCAUUCCGAGAUGAAAACUCGACAUUCUAUGAAAAGAUGGUGACGGAAGAGAUUUUGUAUAAUUGAACUGAUAAUGCAAGAUUUUAUAUCGCAAACUUGUUGUUAUAUUUUAUUGAAUACGUGUUGCUUGUUGUAAUAUAUGUAAAACAACUAGAAAGUGAAAAUAAAUAUAGGCUUCACAGUAAA